AUCUCAUAAAUCCCACCUUCAUUAACUCCUCUCCCUCUGCCUCCUCACCCACCACCACCUUUCUCCGCCGCUUCUCCGCCACUUCUCCGCCACACCACCACCACCACUGUCCACAUCUCUACACACCCCCCCUAUGUACAUACAAUGAUCAACCUUAACAACUCUGUUUUACUAUCUUUAUCUCUCUUGAUUAUCUACAUUAACGUUUGUUUUGUGUCAACACUCUCGCUCUCCUCCGACGGACUCUCUCUCCUCUCUCUAAAAUCCGCGGUGGAGUCCGGCGACAGUGUAUUUUCCGACUGGAACGAGAACGACGCCGACCCAUGUCACUGGUCCGGCAUUUCGUGCUCCAACAUCACCAACAGCUCCGGCCCGCGCGUCGUCGCUAUAGCCAUCUCCGGCAAGAAUCUCCGCGGCUACAUUCCGUCGGAACUCGGCGCUCUUACUUAUCUCCGGCGUCUCAAUCUUCACGGUAACAGUUUUCACGGCUCCAUUCCGGCUCAGCUCUUUAAUGCUUCUUCACUGCACAGUAUAUUUUUGUAUAGUAACAAUUUAUCCGGCUCUUUGCCGCCUGCGUUGUGUAAUCUGCCGAGGUUGCAGAACCUUGAUCUUUCGAAUAAUUCGCUUUCGAGCUCGAUUCCGCGAGAUUUUCGGAAUUGUAGGCAGCUGCAGAGGUUGAUUCUCGCCGAGAAUAAGUUAUAUGGGGAGAUCCCGGUGGGGGUGUUUCCGGAGCUAGCUAAUUUAGUUCAGCUUGAUUUGUCUUCGAAUUUGUUGAAUGGAUCGAUUCCUGAAGAUAUAGGGGAGUUGAAGUCUUUAUCAGGGACAUUGAAUAUGUCUUUUAAUGAAUUUUCGGGUAAGUUGCCUAAGUCCAUGGGUGAUUUGCCGUUGACUGUGAGUUUUGACCUUAGGAGUAAUAAGCUGAGUGGUGAGAUUCCUCAGACAGGGUCUUUUGCUAAUCAGGGUCCGACGGCGUUCUUGAAUAAUCCUCUUUUGUGUGGAUUUCCUUUGCAGAAAUCUUGUAGGGGAGACAAUGGAAGUGAUUCUUCUUCCGGGGUUCAGAAUGUGUCUCCCGCGAGUGAUAAGAAGGAUUCGGGGAAGGGACUUAAGCCUGGUCUGAUCGUUUUGAUUUCUGUUGCAGAUGCUGCUGGGGUUGCGUUUAUUGGAUUGGUGGUUGUUUAUGUGUACUGGAAAAAGAAGGAAUCGAAUGGUUGUAGCUGCACUGGAAAGCGGAAGUUUGGUUCUAGUGAGAAAGGUCAUUUGUGUGUGUUCCCUUGUAUUGGUGGAAAUUCGGGUAAUGAUUCGGAUGUACAUUCGGAGAAAGGUGGGGUCGGUAGUGGAAGUGGUGCUGGUGGUGGUGAAGGGGACCUUGUGGCGAUUGAUAAAGGGUUUAAUUUUGAGUUGGAUGAAUUGUUGAGAGCAUCUGCCUAUGUUUUGGGGAAGAGUGGGCUGGGAAUUGUGUAUAAGGUAGUGCUUGGUAAUGGGGUGCCUGUGGCAGUGAGGAGACUUGGAGAAGGCGGUGAACAGAGGUAUAAGGAAUUUGUUUCGGAGAUUCAGGCGAUAGGGAGGGUUAAGCACCCUAAUGUUGUUAAGUUGAGAGCUUACUAUUGGGCUCCUGAUGAGAAGCUUCUUAUCAGUGAUUUCAUCUCCAAUGGCAAUCUCAUAUCUGCUCUUCGUGGACGCACUGGUCAUCAACCAUCGAGCCUUUCUUGGUCAGUCAGAUUAGGAAUAGCAAAAGGAACCGCCAGGGGGUUGGCCUACCUACAUGAAUGUAGCCCAAGAAAAUUCGUACAUGGAGAUAUCAAACCUUCCAACAUCCUCCUUGACAAUGAAUUGCAGCCGUUCAUUUCCGAUUUUGGCCUCAAUAGACUAAUUAACAUCACAGGCAGCAAUCCCUCUUCCUCUGGGGGAUUUAUAGGCGGAGCCCUUCCUUACUUGAACUCUGUCCAACCAGAGAGAGCCAAUAACUACCGAGCACCAGAGGCUCGGAUCACUGGUAGCAGACCUACGCAAAAGUGGGAUGUGUAUUCAUUUGGAGUUGUCUUGCUUGAAUUGCUAACGGGAAAAUCUCCCGAUAUAUCCCCAGCCGCAUCAACUUCUACUGAGUUUAUAGAUCUAGUGAGAUGGGUUAGAAAGGGUUUUGAAGAAGAAACCCCAUUAUCGGAUAUGGUAGAUCCAUUGUUGCUUCAGGAAGUUCGUGCCAAAAAGGAAGUGCUGGCAGUGUUUCAUAUAGCUCUUGCAUGCACCGAGGUAGAGCCUGAAAGUCGACCAAGGAUGAAGACGGUCUCUGAAAACCUGGAGAGAAUUGGAUCAUAAGAUAUAGCUGGUUCAUUAUUCAACAUUAUCAUUUAGGAGCUUCCAUUGGUCUCCGCUAAAUAUAGAGGAUUUUGUGUUUUCAUGUCAGUCAAUUGUCAUUUUUCAUCAUCCCAGAUAUCUCGAAUCUGCCGUCCCUUCAACAAGGUACUGCAGUUUGUGGGUUAAUGAAAAGUUUUCAUAAGUACCUGCUUAUAAAUUCAUUCUUUAGUUUCGCCAAAGUAAUUAGCAACUUGGCUACAUUUGUAACUUAUAUAUGUUUUUUCUUUACCAAAAAAAUGUUUACAUGUUAGUUUCUUAGUUAUUUUGCUUUUCAGGUGUA